UGAUGUUGUUUCGUGUCCACCUGUUGGUGAAAAUGAGAUCCUCGUUUCCUUGCUGUAUCACUUACAAAUACGCUGACUCGCUGAGAUCCAUGGUGAAUCCACUGACGCGAUGCAUGGAGGACUACGGCUUGCCGCCGUUUGCUACGUUCCACGUGCGGGACAUCGCGCCCGCCGUCCGCGCCGCCAUCUCCGAGUAUGCGCUCGACCUGAACGCCCUCGAAGAUGACCUGUGCGACGCUGACGACUUGUGCUGGACAUCAGUCAUGGACCGCCUCGAAAUCAUCGACGAUCCGCUCCGCCGCCUCUCGAGCAUCCUCGAGCACCUGUCGACUGUUGCCAACUCGCCCGAACUCCGCGCCGCCCAAGACGAUGUCCAGGAAGACAUCCUCGCCAUGCAGAGUCGACGCGCGCAGAGCCCUGUGGUAUUUCACGCAAUGCAAACCCUCCGCGCCAGCCCAGCGUUUGACUCGGAGUAUACGACCGAGCAGCAGCGCAUUUUGGAUCGGGCGAUCCUUCACGCGACGUUGAAAGGGGCGGCGUUGGCUCCACACGACAAGGACCGGUUCAACGAUAUUGCCCUGCGCCUCGAUACCUUGAGAAAGAAAUUUGGGGAAAAUGUUCUGGAUGCAAUUCAAUCGUUUUCGCGGAUCGUCACUGACAAAACCGAGCUCCAAGGGGUUUCCGAGUCGACCAUGGCGCUUUUAGCCCAGAAUGCGGUGGCGGCAGGCCACGACGGCGCGUCAGCGGCGGCAGGUCCGUGGAAGCUGUCGCUCGAGUUCCCCGUGUAUAUGCCCCUGAUGAAGCAGUGCACCCACCGGCCCACAAGACAGCUGCUAUACGGGGCGUUCGUUUCCAAAGCCAGCACUCCCCCGUACGACAACGCGCCUGUGAUACGGGAGAUGCUGCAGCUGCGACAGAGUCGGGCUCGGCUGCUCGGGUUCCGCACAUUCGCCGACCUGAGUCUCCAGGACAAGAUGGCGCCGUCGGUGGCCGUGGUCGAAGACAUGCUCCGUGCCCUGUGCGACAAGGUGCUGCCAUUGGCCAGAGCUGAAUUGGACGAAGUGCAAGUAUUUGCAGCAGCCCAUGGUCACGUCCUGCCGCUCGCCCAGUGGGAUAUUUCGUAUUGGUCUGAAAAGUUGCGGAAAGAUCGCUACGAAGUCGACGACGAAUCCAUCAAGCCUUAUUUUCCCUUUGCUCGGGUACUAAAUGGGCUGUUUAACCUGUGCUCGGAACUGUUUGGCAUUCAAAUCGAGGCGGCAGACGGCCUUGAAGAAACGUGGCAUCCGGACGUCCGGUACUUUCAAAUCCGAGCCAUGGACGAGCCAAGUACGCCCGUGAUUGGGCACUUUUACGUGGACCCGUAUACUCGACCAGGUCAAAAGAACGCCGGCACGUGGUGUGAUACGAUUGUCAGUCGCAGCAAAGUCCUUCGAACGGACAAAGCCCCUGUGCGACUUCCCGUGUUUAGCUUGUCGUGCAACCAGCCCCCUCCGGUGGACGCGGCCAGCAGUGGACUGAUGGCGUUUGGAGGCGUCCAGAACCUGUUUCAUACGUUUGGGUAUGGUUUGCGCGAUGUAUUUACGUCGGCCGAGUACACGGCGGCAUCGUCCGCGGACGGCAUCGAAUACGACGCGAUUGAGAUUGCGCCCCAGUUUUUGUCGCUGUUCUGUCAUCGUCGAGAAACCCUUCGGAUGAUCUCGGGUCAUGUUGAAACGGGCGAUCCACUGCCCGACGACUUGAUUGACAAGAUGCUCGCGGCGCGUAAUUUUAAAGCCGCCACGAACUUGCUCUACCAGCUCCGACUUGGGGCGACAGAUAUGGCGCUACAUCACCACUACGAUCCGUAUUCGUCUGACAAAACCAUCUUUGACGUGCAGCAAAGCAUUGUCGAGAGGUACGUGGUGACGAAUAUAUUAUAUGCCCACUGAGCAAAACACAGAAAAUAUAUUCAUGUCGAUUUUUCAAUGUACUAAUGUUUGUACAAAAACAGAGUAUAGUUAUGUCGAUGUUGCAGUGGAUCUUUUCGGUGCGACCUCCAUGUGACCUGGACAUGCACAUUUGCAGCUUUAGUCACUUGUUUACGUUGACGUAUGGCGCGGGGUAUUACGCAUACAUUUGGUCCGACAUGCUCGCCGCCGACACGGCUGCUUGCUUUGACACGACAGACAAAGCGGAGUGGCAGCGGUGGGGCCGCCGGUUCAGAGACUCUGUUCUGGCCAAACUGGGCAUUCUAGAGCCCAUGGCAGUGUACAAAUUGUUCCGCGGUCGGGUGCCUCAAACGGACGCUCUGCUCGCCCGCUAUGGGCUUCAGUAAUAAUAAACUACUGUGUCACAUAUACA